AUGAGAAUCGUUUCGGAAGAUGGUAGUCCUAAAAGUGUCGAUCGGGUUAUUAGUUUUGAUUGGAAUUUAGAUAGCUUGGUCUCUGAGAUUGAGUCUAUUGUAAAGAAUCUCCAUGUCUUCAAAAGAUUCCCGAGAGAAUUUGAUAUGCCCUUGUCUCAAGACGAAGAAGAUGAAGACGAUUUUCAAAUCGGGAAACUUUUUGCCUACGAUGAUGAUAAAUAUGAGGUGAUCAACGACAACAAAACCCUAAUUGAGAAAGAAAUUAGUAAUCAGGUCUCAGCACUUGAAACGAAAAUACUACAGGAGACUGAAACGUUUCGCUCUGCAAUAAGCAAGGUUGAAGAAUACAGAGAAGCAAGGAAACAAGUGGAACGGAGACUUGAUCGUCAAUACAAGCGAAAAGUUGCUGAAUCACUCGAAACCCAUCUCGCAUUCCAAGAACGUGCACGUCAAGAAAACUCUCUACCGCAAGAAACAAUCAGAGCCGAAGAAGAAGCUUGUAGUGAUCUGAGACUGGAGAAGCUUAGAUUGAAGAAGCUGCGAGAGUUAGAAGCAACGAACCAAUGGCUAAAAUCACUUUCAAACAAAGACUUUAGCAGCUUUGAGAAGCGCAUUGCAAGAGUGGUGAGGCAAAUCCGCGGGACAAAGGACAACGUAAUUGCAAAAGCCAGUGAGAUCAUCAGAAUCUUCGAGGACCCUCUUUGUCCAUUAUCCAUUAGUAUCGAAGCUUUUGCUAAGAAAAUGGUCUCGGCUUCAAGAAACCCAUUUGCAUCAAGCUACAUCAUCGUUGACGUAACCUCCAAGUUUCCACAAGCAAUGGAUAUUCUUCUUGCUGAGUUCCACAAAGCUUGUGUUUACACUGUCCCAAGGAAUGAUGAUGAUGAUACUGCGACUAACUCAUCAGAUUAUUAUGAACGUCUAGAUUCCGUGAUGAGACUAUAUGGUGCACUUGUUCAGACAGAUGUUUGUGAAAACAUUCAUGGGAUUGAACAUGGGUGGGCUUGGCUUGCACGGUUCCUUGACAAAACCAAAGUCUACAACUUAGCUACUGCAACGGCCUUCAACGCAUUCCUUCAGACCGCAGGGUUUGGUCUUCAUCAGAAGUACAAAUCUCAGUUCUUGAAAGCUGCGAAUGUUGUCAGAGAACAUUUAUUGGCGAUGUUUAUGGCGGAAAGGGACGAUCUUGCCGAUCUACAAAUGAUCAUAACCAAUAUCACGGCCUACUUAGAUUAUCAGAUGUAUCUCAAUGAACCUCAAGGAAGAACUAUGGAGACUCAUCUUUUGUCCAAGGAGUUUAAUGCUCAAGUCGAUCAGCAGAACAACAAUCAUGAGAUGACACUACCGACGCCAUCAAGAUUGAGAAGUCUUCUUUGA